AUGACCGAGGAUCAAUUCAAGUGUCUCAUCCUCGUGACUGGUCUUCAGUCGCCACCUGAUCCAGAUAUUUGGACCCGGCUGCUACGUCGAAUUGAACAGGAUCCAGAUUUGACGCUUCAGAGACCGAAUGCCAGCAUCUUAUCAAUCUCAAGGCUAAUGCUGCAAUGGUUGGACAUUCCAACUUCUCUCAGCCUAAUAUGGUAUGAAAGAACCUGUCGUGAUUGGAAAGUCAAUCUACCUCAGUUUCCAGUUUCGGUCAACAUUCGCAUCAUGCCGGGUGAUUCACAACUUGUCAUACACGUCAAGUUCAACGGACAACCGCUGGUUGUUGACUCACUUGGACCUGAGCACACUCUAGGUGACUUAAAGCAGGCUCUAUUCCAACGAACACGUGUCCUUGCGGAGACUCAGAAGCUAUUGGGCUUACGGGCCUGCAACAAUGCGCCCGUGGACGAUUCUACCAUGCUAUCUCAACUUGUGCUCAAACCCUCGACCAAAAUUAUGCUCAUUGGUUCUACUCAGGAGGCCAUUGAGGAUGUGAAUCGGAUUGUCGACACUCCCACGGACGUUUUAGACGACUUUGAGAUCCGGGACGAAGAUAUUCAGCUUUGCGACCUUCCAGAAAAUCUAGAGAAGGUGGCGCGUCGUUCCAAGUCGUACAAGCCAAGAAAGUUGUGUGAACCACGAAUAGGGAAGCAUCUGCUGGUAUUGGAUGUUGACUACACAAUUUUUGAUCACUUGACACCAGCUGAGAACGCCCGCCAGUUGGCGCGACCGUAUUUGUUCGAGUUCCUAAAACGAGCUUACGUGCACUAUGAUAUUGCCAUUUGGUCCGCCACCAGUAUGACCUGGAUCCUGGCCAAACUCGGGCAGCUGGGGAUAAUUCCUGCUAAUGCUGCUAGCAUUCUCCGAAAUCAAACCACUGAUGUAUCCGCAACUUCCCAGAUACCCGCGCCAGAUACCUUGCAGUUGUCGAAUGAUUCACAACAAGCACCAUUUCGCAUUUCGUUGCUACUAGAUGCGACUGACAUGAUCAGCGUUCACUUCUCUUCUCAUGGAGUUAAGGAGCCAGAGCGUCUGUUUGCGGUACAAUCCAACCGACCUCAUCCACACAUUGCAUCUCUGGUAGGACCGUGUUUUUGCUCAAGACCCGGCGACAGAUUCCCCCUGACCGCCACCACCCGACGCCAUGUGAAACUGAGUCUCUGCGCAGACCGAGAAGUUUGGUCGACACGAAAGGCCGAAGAAAUGGAAGAUGUAAAGAAUGCUGGAAACGUCUGCAAGUUGUUCCACUUGAUUCGUUCGACUGGUCCUCGGAAACCUCUCGUCAGCGAAAUAACCAGAGACCAAAAUGGCUCCCUGAUAUGCAGCAAGGUAGAAGUUUGGACCGCUGGGCAUAGCACUUCUGACAGCAAUUCAGCUGGCCACAUGCUAUUCCAAUCCAGAAUCCUGGCCUUCAACAGUAAGGUGUUAGAGCAACGCCAUAUAUACAGACAACCCACAAUCUUGGCAUUCCUUGUCUUUAAGAGUGCGUUCGAUUCUGUCGUCCGCUCGGAAUCUGCCAAGGACAGUCUCUAUGACGGCCUAGGUGCCCUUUUACAGCAGGGUAAAAGCUCAGAUAUCGUUGUGGUUGCUGGUGAUAUGAACUUCCAGCCAGAGCGUCUGUUUGCGGUACAAUCCAACCGACCUCAUCCACACAUUGCAUCUCUGGUAGGACCGUGUUUUUGCUCAAGACCCGGCGACAGAUUCCCCCUGACCGCCACCACCCGACGCCAUGUGAAACUGAGUCUCUGCGCAGACCGAGAAGUUUGGUCGACACGAAAGGCCGAAGAAAUGGAAGAUGUAAAGAAUGCUGGAAACGUCUGCAAGUUGUUCCACUUGAUUCGUUCGACUGGUCCUCGGAAACCUCUCGUCAGCGAAAUAACCAGAGACCAAAAUGGCUCCCUGAUAUGCAGCAAGGUAGAAGUUUGGACCGCUGGGCAUAGCACUUCUGACAGCAAUUCAGCUGGCCACAUGCUAUUCCAAUCCAGAAUCCUGGCCUUCAACAGUAAGAUUCGACCCUAUCGGGAUGCCCAUGUCAACCGUACUAAAGACCGUGAGCUCCGAGGCCUCGCACUCUAUUUGGAAUUGAUCGCAGCACGCGAAAAAGACUUUACUCUAUUACACCAUAAUCGAUGGGAGAAAUACGUCUCCAAGUACAAACGCACUAUAAAUCGAAAUCCAGCAACUGAGAAUCUUCCUUCGGAAUCCGGUCGGCACGUGUCCGAAGACUCCACCUCGUUAUCUUUCAUGCAAGGUGUCCAAAUGGGCACGGAGUCGACGGAUACUGCCGAUUCCACUGAUGCAGAAAUGCCGAAUACCCUAACAACCCCAGAGGUCCAGUCUUCUGACAUAUCCAAACCUGAAUUACCUUGAAAGAGUGACUUGUCUGCUCAGCCAUUUGCUUUCUAUUUAAAACGUAUUUUUAUGUUAUCUUAAUAAAAUUAC